AUGGAGAGUAGAAAGCAUCUCACGAAUGUGGUCAUUGGAUCAAGGUGUAGUCAAAGAACUCCUGCCUUAGAGCUCUCAAUCACCAGAUUGGAGGAUAUGCCGCCCAUCGUGGUGGCGUUCUUAGCCUCAGCUGCGCUGACUGCAUAUAGGAAAUUGGUGGAUGGUCAACCAGUCAAGGUACUUCUCGACAAGCGCGUCAGAAAUGACUCGCCUAUGAGGGUAGAUGAAGCUGUGGAAGCAGGAGAACCAGGAGGAGAGACUAGAAAUAGUACAGGCCACGAAGAGAUAUGGGCAGCGACAAAUAGAAUGAAACAAGCGACUAUGAGGGAGAUUUCAGCGAAAGAGAAGGAAGUAGAAGACGAGAUCGAGAGUAGAGUAGGCACCAUCACUGACACCGAUGCCGAUAGCGAAUGCUCCUCCACCUUGGGAGAAUUUCCAUCGCUCGAAAGCCUAUGUGAGGAGGAUGAAGAGUUGGAGCAGAUGGAGAAUAGCAUAGAACAGAAGAAUACGAGUGAGAAGGCAGUGCAGGAGAAAGUAGAAGAUGAGAUUGAGGUUGAGAGUAGAGAAUAUGAAUAUGAAUACGAAUAUGAAGAUAGCGAGUGUUCAUCUAGUUUAAGGGAAUUUCUCAUGCUUGAAAGACUGUGUGAGGAGGCUGUACAGGCAGAGGCGGAGGCAGAGAAGAAUAGGAAUGUAGAAGCAAAGGAGAGGAAGAUGGAAGAUGAGAGAGGGCUCUGUGAGGAGUAUAAAGAGGCGAAGCAGAAGAGGAGGGAGAGAAGAGAUCAAGAGAAGCUAGAAAGGGAAUUUAAGAGGUUUCGAGGUGGCCAGUUGAGCACAAUAGAAGAAGUAGAAGAACAAGAAGAAGAAGAGAAAGAGGAGGAUGAGGAUAGUAGCGUGAGAGAAAUAGGAGAGGAAUGUGAACAUUCAGAUGAGUGUCAUAGAGAAGUAGAUAAAUAUGUGGCUUCCGGAGACGGCGACCACAUAAAAGGGGAGAAGUUGAUGUCAUUAGAAGAGUUCUGUGGGGAGACUUUUGCAAUCUCUCCAACCUUUAUCGAGGACAUCAUGGAGGAGAACAGAAUCUCACAGAGGAGGCUUGAACAAGCACAUGAGGAGUUUGAAAAGUCUCUAAGACUUUUUCCUCGUUUUAAUGAGGUGGCCCGUGCAAACCCAAGUGACCUUCAACAACUCAUUUCAUCUCAUCUCAUCUUUCGGUCUCUUCUCGACUGCCCUCCUCUCCGUCUCCUCCUUCCCUCCAUUCCAGAAAAUGAUUUAAAAAUGUACAAAAUAUGA